AUGUCGUCUUAUGGUGGAGACUCAAACAGUGGUGGUCGACCCAUGACAUCUGUUAGAGCUGCUGGAUACUCUAGCCGGGGGCAAUCUUCACAAACCCAAGACCGACAGCUUGAAUUGUCACCAGAAGAGAAAAUCAAGGUUCUUGAGCGAAAAGUUGGACAUAUUAUUGAAGAAUCUGCCUUUUUAGCAGCAGAAGGCAACUUUCAACAAGCUCUCGACAAAGCCAAAGAGGCUGGAAAAAAAGAACGGCAACUUUCCAAGCAGCGCGAAGAACUCAACCUUGGCGAUCAAAUCAAUUUAGAUCUAACCUAUUGUGUUUUAUUUAACUUGGCCAAUCAGUACCAUUCAAACAAAAUGUACCAAGAGGCGCUCAAUUCGUAUGCGGUGAUUGUAAAAAAUAAGCUGUUUAAUCAAAGUGGAAGACUGCGCGUGAAUAUGGGGAAUAUUUACUUUGAGCAGUGCAAAUACGGUCAAGCAGUUAAAAUGUAUCGCAUGGCUUUAGAUCAAAUUCCUAGCACAAAUCGUGAUUUUAGAUUGAAAAUUAUGCGUAAUAUUGGAAGUGCAUUCAUUAAAAUGGGACAGUUUCAAGAUGCCAUUACAUCAUUGGAAGCUAUCAUGGAAGGAAAUCCAGAUCAUCACACAGGAUUCAAUUUGAUUUUAUGCUAUUUUGCAAUUGGAGACAAGGACAAGAUGAAGAAAGGAUUUCAGCGUAUUAUUUCAAUUGUCACGCCCAUGAUUGAGCAAAACGAAGAUGCUCUUGAUCCAUCAACUAAAGAUGAGCCAAUUGAAGAUCACCAAGUAUUUAACGAAGAUGCGCUUCGUUCCAUUGCUCGUGAUCGUGCAAGAGCAUCUGAGCGAUAUAUUAUACAAGCAGCUAAACUCAUUUCACCCAGUAUCGAUACAACAUUUACGCUUGGUUACAACUGGGUGAUUGACGCUUUAAAAACUUCAGCUUCGAAUUUUGAUAUGGCAUCCGAACUAGAAAUUUCAAAAUCAAUUCAUUACCUCAAAAACAAAGAUUUUACUCAAGCUAUAGAGACUUUAAAAACUUUUGAAAAAAAAGAUCCAAAACUGGUAGGUACUGCUGCAACAAAUCUUUCAUUCCUGUACUUUUUAGAAGGAGAUUAUAAACAGAGUGAAAGAUACGCCGACACAGCCAUUGAGCAUGAUCGAUACAAUGCCAAGGCGCAAACCAAUCGAGGCAAUUGUGAUUUUGUCAAGGGAAAGUAUGAUCAAGCUAGAGAUCGGUAUCACGAGGCUAUUAAUGUAGAUGCUAUCUGCACUGAAGCCAUGUACAAUCUUGGUUUGGUGUACAAACGAAUGAAUAAUUACAACGAGGCGCUGCAGUGGUUUGAAAAGCUACAUUCGAUUCUACGAAGCAGUCCCGAAGUCAUUUAUCAAAUAGCUGAUAUUUACAACCAACAAGGAAGCACGCAACAGGCCAUGGAAUGGUUCAAUAUAUUGAUAUCAGUGGUGCCAACAGACCCAUCAGUACUUGAAAAACUUGGAAGUAUGUUUGAACGCGACGGGGAUAAAUCACAAGCCUUUCAGUACUAUUCUGAAAGCUAUCGAUACUAUCCAUGCAAUAUGGAUGUUAUUUCGUGGUUAGGUGCAUACUAUGUAGACUGCGAGGUGUACGAACAAGCCAUUCAAUUUUUUGAGCGUGCUAUAUUGAUUCAGCCAAAUCAGGUCCGAUGGCCACUUAUGAUUGCUAGCUGCUAUCGAAGAAGUGGAAACUAUCAACAAGCCUUUGAUACAUAUAAGCGAAUUCACGAAAAGUUUCCCGACAAUAUUGAAUGCUUACGGUUUUUGGUUCGUAUAUGCACCGAUCUGGGGAUGAAGGAGGCUACAGAAUACGCAUCAAAACUUAGUCGAGCAGAAAAAACAAUGGGAUCGAAUAGCUCACCACCGAGCGAAGGUGUAUUGAGCAAUAAACCAGUUGGUAAUCGUGCUACAAAUUUGGCUACAACACCCAUGACUGAUAGUAGACAGUCGUCGGCAGGGAUAGCCAGCAAAUAUAAUGUUGAUCAAGAACCACCUGCAAAAUAUGGCUACGAAUCGGCCAGCAAAGUACAUGGAGGUAACGAUACAUUGAUUCGAAAGCUUAGCGGAAACGUAGCAGUAAGUUGA